AUGCUUUCAGUGAUCGCCUUGAUCGCAAUAUUGUUUUUUGUUGUUUUAUUGUUUUUCGCCGUCCGCUCUCGUCCGCUGCCGUUGAGUCCCUCUAGUCGUGUCCUGCUGCUCAUCGCGCAUCCUGAUGACGAGACGAUGUUUUUUGCGCCGACAAUUCGCGCCCUAUUGCAAUCGGGCCAUCGGGUGUUCACUUUGUGCGUUUCGAAUGGAAAUUUCUACGGAAAGGGAUCCAUUAGAUCGCGCGAAUUAUGUUUGGCGGUGUCUCGUCUCGGCAUCUCUGCCAGCGAUCUGACAUGUCUGGACUAUGACGAAUUCGCCGAUGGCGAUAAUUGGAAUCGCCAGAAUCUUAGUUAUGUCGUCAUGCGUCAUGUUGAGGUUCUCGCGGUGGAUGCAAUCAUAUCCUUCGACAACUACGGCGUUUCGGGCCACAAGAAUCAUAUCAGUUGCUUCGAAGCGCUCCAAAUCGCUUAUAGCAACGGCGUCGUGCCCAGCGAUGUUCAGAUAUUCGUUCUUGAUUCGAUUCCGCUGUUUCGAAAAUAUAUUGGCCUUUUUGAUGCGCUAUUCUCGUUCGGACGGUCCCCAUUCUUCUAUUUCGCGCGAUUCCGAGACGUCGGCGCCUGUUGGGCAGCAAUGCUCGCCCAUCGAUCGCAGUUCGUCUGGUUCCGAGCGCUGUUCAUCGUGUUCAGCCGAUUCGUCUACAUGAACAGCCUUCGCCGAAUCUCGCCGCUUCCGAUGAUGCCGAGAAAUGUGAAACCGAAAACGCAUUAA